ACUUUUAACUAGGAAAUGAAAUGUAUAUUAUCGAAAUCGUCUUCACUUUUUAACAGUGCGGUAUUAUUAAUAUUACAAGACGUUCUUCGACCACAUUGACCAGAGCACCACUGCGAUGAAAAUAGUAAUUGCUAUAUUCAUAUGCAUAGUAUGUAUCCUGGAGAUGGCACACGUGGACGCUUGCAGCCGAAAUAGCGGAUGCUCUCCUGUGAAUUGUGCGUGGGGUAACUGGCAAAGUUGGGGUGCCUGUUCUAUAACCUGUGGAUAUGGUGGGACAGAAAGGAGAAGUCGAACUAAGAUUAGAUCUGCGUCUUGUGGAGGUGCAGCGUGUACUGGUUCGUCUCAGGACCAGAGAGUCUGUUCGCCUGGAUGUACUCGUGGUACUGCGGUGCAAGGACAUUGCGCAUAUUGUCCUUUUCCAUACACCGGCAACUGCUGCGAACGUCGCUCAUGCUAUCCUGUGAAUUGUGCGUGGGGUAACUGGCAAGAAUGGGGUGCCUGCUCUAUAACCUGUGGACAUAGUGGGACAGAAACAAGGAUUCGAACCGUGAUUAGAUCUGCGUCUUGCCAGGGCACAGCGUGUACUGGUCCGUCUCAAGAACAGAAAGUCUGUUCGCCUGGAUGUAUACAUGGAACUGCGGUGGCAGGAUAUUGCGCAAAUUGCCCUUUUCCAUAUACCGGCAACUGCUGCGAACAGUUCAUUGAAGGUGACCCUUGCACGACACAUAUUGAGCUGAGUCAACCCUGGCGAAGUAUCAGUUAUUCCCCAGAGCAAGACAAUUCUUAUCACUAUACCAACCUGCUCAACUAUUGGUACCGUUUCGUCGGUGGGGGCGGUGGAGACAUGCCGACCAAGUGCGUAAAGGCCAAAAGUUGUGGGGUUUUGAAACCCAUUUGGAUGUCUGGUCAUCAUCCGACUUCGGACGAGGGCGUUAUAAACAGGACCGUAUGUACCAGUGUAACCGACAACGGAAAAGACAACUGUUGCAUCCGUUCGCACACAAUUGAGGUAAAGAACUGUGCCGACAAGUUUUAUGUCUACAAACUGUUCCAGCCUCAGGAUUCUGACGAAAGCUUCUGCGCAGGUCAUCAUCCGACUUCGGACGAGGGCGUUAUAAACAGGACCGUAUGUACCAGUGUAACCGACAACGGAAAAGACAACUGUUGCAUCCGUUCGAACACAAUUGAGGUAAAGAACUGUGCCGACAAGUUUUAUGUCUACAAACUGUUCCAGCCUCAGGAUUCUGACGAAAGCUUCUGCGCAGGUAAAGAAGAACCCUGUCCACCGGGAACGAAGUCAGCGAAUGGUUACACGCCUAGUUGUAUGGCCGAUCCACCACCUGAAACAUGCUCACCGAUUUUGGAAUAUAUUGAGCAAACAGACGGAUUCCAGUUUGUUUGUAGCUUCGAUGUUCAAUACCAGAGCAACAUAACAUACGACGUCAAUUGGUAUGCUGGAGGAGUGGUUCUUGAUGACUUUGCGACAUCCGUACUCUUUGGGAGUACCGGUACGGCUACACUGCGUGUAAAGCAACUGACGAGUGUCAUGACAACAACUAUUACAAAGAUAACCUGUUCUCUGUCAGCACGGUAUAUUCAUGUUGAUGGUACUCCAUUAAGUGGAGCUACGUUACCAAAAGAAAGCAAUGCUCUUGACUUCGUAGUUGCCUAGAAACCUCGUGAUCAUAUCUUAGUUAUCGAAGAUCUCGAAAGUAUCCACGUACAUCAUACAUUGAAAUUUUAUUUUUCAAUUUUGAUUUUGUAUAGAUAUUAUAUAAUUUACGUUUAAGCCCUGCUUGUGUUUACGCAACAGCCCACUGCUUAGUCUUUUAAGUACGAUUUAGGCUACUUAGCUAUUAUUCUUCAAGUUUUAUCUACAGUGAAGUCACGGCAUUAUGAACACAGGGUACUUCAAAAUCAAUUUUAACUUGAAUGAAUUCAAAGUACCGUAUACUGUUUAUACAUGGUUUGUUAUGAGGAAUGAUAUAAACAUGACAAUUUACCGCUAAUACAGAACAGUAAAGCAGAUCUAAAAUGUACAAACUGUAGAACAUAGGGGACAAAAUAUGCGGAGGCCCACAGAUAUUUUAUUUGUUUUGGAAUAAUUCAAACGUACGUUAUAUUGUAUGCAUUGUAUUGUACACUAAAGCCUGACACUCACACUCACUCACUCGUACGACCGUCGCACGACGAAUCCACAUUUGCUUCCGUCGAGCGAUAGACGACGCAACGCCGUCUGCUUAUUGUCAUUGGCAAUCUGAACGGAUCCUCAUUAAAAAGACUAUCCGUUGGGUCCGCUUCUUCGCGUGCGUUCUUCGUCGCGUUGCCGUCGCAUCGCCGUCGCACGCACUGAGUAACCGGCUUUAAUACAUCGAAUUAAUAUUAUUAUUAUUAUUAUUAUUAUUAUUAUUAUUAUUAUUAUUAUUAUUCAUUAAUUAGGUUGGUUAUAUUUUAACAUAAGUUAUUCUUUUCAACUGGACCUAUUAUUUGUUGUGACAAUAUAUGAUAAUAUAUCAUCAGACUAAUUGGUUUUCUGUGGCUAAAGGUUGUUGAUCAAUAUAAUGAUAAUAUGAGUAGGGUGGUGAUGAUGAUGAAGAUGGUUGGAUGAUGUUGAUGAAAUGAGGGAUGAUGAGGAUGAUGAUGAUGUUGUAAUGGUGAUGGUUAUGGUAAUGAUGUUGAUGGUGGUGAUGAUGAUGAAGAAAUUGUAUUAGGAAUGUAGUGUGGAAAACCUGUAUAUUCACCAUAAAAAAAGAUCCUAAAAUAUUACAUGUUGUAUUUAGAGACGAAUACAAGUUCAGAAUAACCAAACAAGAAACGGUAUUGCUUACUGUUUAUACAUUACUAUAGCUUAACUGCUUAUUUCAUGAUUGGACCUAGCCACCUUGGUAUAAGCAUGUUAUAGAGUAAACAUUCAUAAUUUUAAAUAAAUUAAAAAAAAACAAUGAGGCUUUAGAUUCAGAUUCAGAUACAUUUAUUUGUCAUAUACAUACAACAUGAUAUUUUUCUACCUGGGUUAUUGCAACAAUCACAAACCACAAUAUAAAUUUACACUUUAAUACGAUAUUAUAAACAAUGAAUGAAUUGAUUUAAAAGAACAAAAAAGAAACCUUAGUUUAACAGUUGCCAAAGGGAUAGCACUUAGAAAAAAAAAAGGUUUGUGUGCAUUUGUUUUGUUAUUUGGUGUGGUCAUUCUUCCAGAUCGGCUAAAGCUAUAUAUUGCUGUUGUUGAGUUGGUGAUUAUUGUCAUUAAUUAUUAUAUCAAGUUUAGUGAACAUGGCCUUUUCGCAUAUAUCAUAGAUAUCAUUUACUUCAUACUCAGGAAUAUACAGGUUUUCCCUAUUAAUUUGCUUGCAGUAUGGUGGUUCUUGUUAGUUUUCCUUUGGAAGGAAAUACAAACAAAUCAUACAGCAAACAGUAAUAACAGACUAUAUUACACCUUGGU